AUGGCCGAGGAUGCACCUGCGGAGCCUACCCGUCCUGCUGACGAACAGUCACGAUCUGGGGACCAGCCCGAUUCCCCAAAGAAAGAGCCAACGCUGAAGAAGCUCGAGGAUAACGAAGUGCCUGAAGAUAAGGAAGAAGAAUCCGAGAAGGAGGAGGAUGGAGAAGAAGAGGGUGAGGUGAAUACUGGAGAGGGCAAGGAUGGUUCACAACCCCCACUGCCCGAUGAAGAAGUUCCUCCCCUUCCUGAUGAGCCGGUGCCAGGGGCCGUCGAAGAUGACGGCUGGGAUGCAAUGUGGGAUGAUAAUUCACAGGCUUAUUACUUUUAUAACCGCGUCACUGGGGUAUCACAGUGGGAGAAUCCCCGAGUUCCAGACGCAACAGCAACACAGCCAGGUCCUCCAGGGGCAAACGAGGAUAAGAUGCAAGAGGCACCCAAACAGCCACGAGCUGCAGGUGGGUAUGACCCGUCCAUACACGGUGACUACGACCCGACGGCCUGGUAUGCCCAACAAACCGAAAAGGAGCCCUCUGCAUCAACCGCAGCUGGCACCGAAGACCCAAACAUCCUGUACACAGCUACAGGCUCGUUCAACCGGUUCACAGGCCAGUGGCAAUCUGUUGGCAUAAGACCAGAGAACUUUAAUGACGAGAACAAAAGUUAUCGACAGCUGAACGCGUUCUUUGACGUCGAUGCCGCAGCCAACAGCCAUGAGGGGAAGAGCCUCAAAGCCGAGCGGAGCGGAAAGAAGUUGACAAAGAAGGAGUUGAAGGCGUUUAGGGAGAAAAGGCGGGAGAGAAAGGAAGAGAAACGCAGAGCCUGGCUGCGAGACUGA